UCAUGUGUAUGUGUAUCAAGAAUUACACAACGUAUACAUUUAUAUUCCUCGACGACGAGUAGUAUAGUUAUUAUCAUAGCAAUUACAGCAGAUAAGUCGGCACACGCGUCGUGAACUAGGAUCGUUUAAAGUCUUAAAAGUAUGAUGCAGACAAAAUAACAUAUAGUGUAGUUAAACAAUAAACUGUUAGUGAAUUGCGACAGAACGUAAGGAGGUGGGUGACGUUGUAUAUAUUUAAAGACGCCAUGUUUACGCCCCACCGUAUGCUACGACCGUGCGUACAUUUGAUAAGGAACACGCGCUCCUUACAGUCGACAAGUUUCACGUCAUCACGAACGUUGCUCGCGCAAGAGCUCCGUCGUCAACACCCAUUGACAGAAUCGCUCGUAAAGACCUUCAGUGCCUCGUUUGCGACAAUGGCAAAAAUAAAGGCAGGACCAGUUGUAGACAUCCUUGGAGAUGAAAUGACACGCAUCAUAUGGGACUCAAUCAAGCAGAAGCUGAUUUUGCCUUACUUAGACAUAGAACUGCAUACCUACGACUUAGGUAUUGAGCAUCGCGACGAAACGGACGACAAGGUGACGGUGGAGUGCGCGGAGGCGAUCAAACGCUACAACGUCGGCAUCAAAUGCGCCACCAUCACACCCGACGAGAAGCGCGUGGAGGAGUUCAAGUUGAAGCAAAUGUGGAAGAGCCCGAACGGCACCAUCCGUAAUAUACUGGGCGGCACAGUGUUCCGCGAGGCGAUCAUCUGCAAGAACAUUCCGCGUUUGGUAACCUGUUGGAAAGAACCGAUUAUCAUCGGCAGACACGCACAUGCUGAUCAGUACAAAGCCACGGACUUCGUUGUGCCGGGUCCAGGCAAGCUGGAGAUCACAUGGACAGGUACAUCCGGCGAGAAGAUUCAACAUACGGUCCAUGACUUCAAAGGCCCGGGCAUCGCCCAGGCGCAGUACAACACCGACGAGAGCAUCCGCGCGUUCGCUCACAGCUCGUUCAAGUACGCGCUCUCGCGCAGUUAUCCGCUCUACCUGUCGACCAAGAAUACAAUCCUGAAGAAGUAUGACGGCCGGUUCAAAGACAUUUUCCAGGAAAUCUACGACAAGGAGUACAAGUCGCAGUUCGAGAAGCGCAAAAUCUGGUAUGAGCACCGACUGAUUGACGACAUGGUGGCGUACGCGAUGAAGUCUGACGGCGGUUUCGUUUGGUCAUGCAAGAACUACGAUGGCGACGUGCAGUCGGAUUCAGUGGCGCAGGGCUACGGCUCACUGGGUCUUAUGACUUCGGUGCUGAUAUGUCCGGACGGCCGUACGGUGGAGGCCGAGGCCGCUCAUGGCACCGUCACUAGACACUACCGUCAGUAUCAGCAAGGUAAGGAGACAUCCACCAAUCCAAUCGCGUCGAUCUUCGCGUGGACGCAGGGCUUGCUGCAUCGCGCCAAGCUUGACAAGAACGCCAGCCUGAAACAUUUCGCCGAGACGUUGGAGAAGGUCUGCAUCGAUACCAUUGAGUCCGGCUUCAUGACCAAGGAUCUCGCCAUAUGUAUCAAAGGCAUGAACAAUGUUACCAGGUCUGAUUACCUGGAGACGUUUGAGUUCAUGGACAAGCUCUCCGACAAUCUGAAGAAACGUCUCAACGAUUGACUCGCCGAUGAAGAGCGGAACGCAGACUUGCCAGCCAAGUAUUAGGUCGCUGUUGCGUCACCAAUGAUAUAGGCAAAAAAAUGCAAAAUGGGGCUUACGGGGAAAAUGAAUAGAGAUAUCGGUGAAUGUUAUAAUAAUUUAGAUGAUCUAUUUUGCAAUUAUGUAAAUAUAUACGAAACUUCUUGGUUUUGCGCUACGUUAUCGUCGCGAUUUACAUUCGGGUUGUAAGAUAGACUGUUUCGAGUCGAUCGCUGCUCAUAUUCUUUUCAUGGCUAUGCAAUCGAUAUCAACCCAGUAAACACGCAAGAUAAUAGAACACUUGGAAACGUUGAUCGUUACUCAGCGAAAUGGUUAAUAAUGCAAAUGUAAUUUGCCCAUUGUGUUUUGUAAUUUUUAUGCAUCAGCUUGUAUAAUUUCGGUCGAUUCAUUGCCGAUCCAAAGUUCCAAUUAUACAGCUCGAAUAUGAGUCGACAAACGUAGUUCUUUUUUAUAGAUUAUUGUUUAAUGUUAAAUAUCAUCGAGAAUCAGCAAAAUAAUAUAUAUUAUUGAGUAAAUAAAUCGACGAUUAAUAUAUAAAUUUAAUACAUGAAUUUAAUAUUCUCUUUAUAUAAAAAAUUGUACAAUGUUGUACAUUUUUUAAAUAAACUUUUUUACUCACGAGACAUUUCACGCGUUUAUAACAUGAACAAUUAAAAUCGUUAGGUUCGUUUGUAUAUUAUUAGAGCAUAGAGUUGUGAAAAUAUUGAUUAAAUUUUUCUCAAUUUAAUAAUUGAUUUGAACAAAUAUAUUUCAGUUUAACUAAUUAACGAUUGAUUCAAAUGAAACAAAUCGAAAAAUAUUUAAUUGACGAUUGAUUUCAAUGAAUUCAAUUAAAAACUGUUCAAUUGACGAUUGAUAUAAGCGAAAAGAACCAAAAAUUGUUUAAUUAAAAAUUGAACUUAGCAAAUUUAAUUAAAGGCUGUUUAAUUAACGCUUGAUAUAAUCAAAUUUAACCGAUUCAAUCGAAGAAUGUUCGAUUACUCGAAAUUACAAUUGAUUUUGUGAAUAACAUUUAUUCUCAGGGCAUCAUCACAUCAUAGAAAAUGCUAAUGAUUAAGUAAGACCUGCGUUGAAAAGAGCAGUGAUCAUUAUCAAUCGUCACCAAGCAAUCUUCGAUUGAAUCUAUCGAGUUUUCUCGUAUCAAUUGUCAAUUAAAUGUUCUUUAAUUAAAUUCGCUAAGUCCAAUCGUCAACUAGGCGGCCUUUAAUUAAAUUUGUUAAGUUCAUUUAUUAACUGAACGAUCUUUAAUUCCCUUCAGUCGUUAAUCGAAUAGUCUUUAAUUGAAUUUGUUGAAACUGCUCGACAAUCGAGCAUUUUUCGAUUGAAUUUGUUGAAAUCAAUUGUCGAUUAAACGGUCUUUAGUUAAGUUGUCACAUAUUGAUUGUUAAUUAAACACGAUAAUUAAUUUAAAUAAAUAAUUGCAAUCCUGAAGAGCGUAA